CCCACUCCCAACCCCUUGUUUUUAGAUUGACAACUUCCCCUGUUUUUUUCUGUUUGUUUACAGGCAAAAAAAGGAAAACUCCAUGAAUGCUACAAAGCUAAUUUUGAGUGCAGCAGCACUUGCAAUAAUCACUGUAAUUUUGACUUUAAGCUCGAAAAAUGUUUACAGUCCACCUUCAAUACCAGGAUCCAAAGAUUUCCUAUCGAAAUCUGAGGUAAUCCAACUGAAAGGAGCAGUUGGGCCGGAGAGUAUUGCGUUUGACCCGAACGGAGAAGGCCCAUAUACCGGCGUUGCCGAUGGACGGAUUCUUAAAUGGAAAGGAGAUUCUCAAGGUUGGGUUGAUUUUGCUGUCACUUCUUCUCUAAGGAACGAAUGUGUGCACCCUUUUGCUCCCCAUAUGGAGCACAUAUGUGGAAGACCGCUGGGCGUACGAUUUGAUUCAAGAACUGGAGAUCUCUACAUUGCUGAUGCCUACUUAGGACUUCAAGUUGUGGGGCCAUCUGGUGGAUUAGCUACCCCACUCGUCACAGAAGUUGAAGGCCAGCCUCUGCGCUUCAUAAAUGACCUUGACAUUGAUGAGCAAGAAGAUUCAAUUUACUUCUCAGAGACCAGCACACAAUUCCAGAGGAGGCAAUUUAUUGCAUCUGUUGUAAGCGGAGACAAGACAGGCCGGCUGAUGAAAUACGACAAAUCAACCAAUUCAGUGACAGUUUUACUACGAGGCCUUGCUUUUGCCAAUGGUGUAGCGUUGAGCAAAGACAAGUCCUUUGUACUAGUGGCUGAAACUUCUACCUGUAGAAUAGUAAGGCAUUGGCUUAAAGGCCCUAAUGCAGGAAAACACGAUACAUUUUCUGAUCUACCAGGAUAUCCAGACAACAUCAGAAGAAACUCGAGAGGGGAGUUUUGGGUCGGUUUGCACUCAAAAAGAUCGCUGCUUGCAAAAUUGGUCACAUCCAAUUCAUGGUUCGGAAGGACAAUGCUAAAACUUCCAUUCACCUUCCAGCAACUGCAUUACUUGUUAGUUGGAGGGCAGCCGCAUGCAACUGCCAUUAAGCUAGGUGGGGACGGGGAAGUUUUGGAAGUUUUAGAAGACAUCGAGGGCAAGACCUUGAAGUUUAUAAGCGAGGUUGAAGAGAAAAACGGCAAGUUGUGGAUUGGUUCUGUACUAGUGCCUUUUCUUGGUGUUUAUGAAUUGUCUUAAAGUAGCAGUUUCCUAAAUAGUUUUUAACAUGUAAGUCCAGCUUGUCUUUUCUUGGAGUCCAUUGAUUGGUUCUCCACUUUUGUAUUUUGCUUUUCAAACUCCUUUGAUAUGAGUUAGUUAUCUGAGCCGACGGUCUUGCUGAAACAA